AGAAACUUUUACCAAAAAAUCAAGGACCAUGACCUUCUGGACAAAAGGAAAACUGUGACAGCACUGAAAGCGGGAGAAGACAGAGCAAUCCUCCUGGGGCUUGCAAUGAUGGUCUGUUCCAUUAUGAUGUAUUUUCUCCUAGGAAUAACACUACUUCGUUCAUACAUGCAGAGUGUGUGGACAGAAGAAACCCAAUGCACGUUAUUGAAUGCUUCGAUAACAGAAACCUUCAACUGCUCUUUUAGCUGUGGUCCAGACUGUUGGAAAAUCUCACAGUACCCCUGUCUACAGGUCCAUGUAAACCUGACCUUAUUGGGACAGAAGGUUCUUCUGUACCACAAUGAGGAAACUUUGAAAGUAAAUUCUGAGGUAAGGGUGAACACUUUUUAUUUUGGGAGUUCUGUACUUCUCGGACAUAGAUAUAAUAGUCUCUAA